CACAAGUCCUCAACAAUAAUCAUCAGUUAAGUUGCAAAUUAAUCAUUUGUAAGAAUGAAGAUCUUUCUUUUCUUGUUUGUUACACUUUUAACAACAUGUCAUGGUGAUGUUGUAAGCCAUGAACAUGGUUCAACCAACAAAAUAUUCCCACUCCGGAUAAAAACUGGUCCAGGUGGACACUACAUUCCAGAAGUGUCAUGUUCUAGUUGGAGACUUGGUGUUGAAACACACAACGUUAUUAACUGGAAAACAGUUCCACUAGAAUGUGAAACAUAUGUUGGAAAUUAUAUGUUAGGUGAUCAAUAUAGAGCUGACUCCAAAACUGUUAACCGUGAAGGUUAUUACUAUGCUAAAACUCUUAAUAUAAGUGGAGAUGGAAAAGAUAUAUGGGUGUUUGAUAUUGAUGAAACUUCACUAUCUAAUCUUCCAUAUUAUGCUAAACAUGGAUUUGGGGUGAAUCCAUACAAUGAUACAUUGUUUAAUGAAUGGGUUGACCUUGGAGAAGCACCAGCACUUCCAGAGUCACAGAAAUUGUACAAAAAAUUGUUGUCUCUUGGUGUGAAGAUUGUGUUCUUAACCGGAAGACCACUUAAACAAACUGCUAUAACUGCUACGAACUUGAAACUUGCUGGAUAUCAAACAUGGGAAAAGCUUAUUUUAAAGGAUUUAUCAAUAUAUCAUGGUAAAACAGCAGUAACAUACAAAUCAAGUGAGAGAAAGAAGCUGGAAAAGGAAGGAUACAGAAUAAUUGGAAACAUUGGUGAUCAAUGGAGUGAUAUACUUGGAACCAAUACCGGCGAUAGGACUUUCAAGCUCCCUGAUCCUAUCUACUACAUCGCUUAAAUAAUUACUAGCUUUCCUUCCAUGCUUUAAUAAGUAGCUACUUGAAAAUUGGAUUUUAUAUUUCUAUAUCGAUGUAAUCCAUUAUGAGCUAGCUAUAACUUUCUGUAUUUUUCUCAAAUAAAAUUAACAGUGUGACAUGAGAGAUACUAGCUUUCUCUUAA